UGCUGCCUAGGAAACGCAGAGCGCGUGCUUCCGCUCGUGCAGGGGCCGGGGGGCUCCGACCUCGGGGCUGGGAUAGAGGCUACCGCGGGACAAGAUGCUGUGCGCCCGAAGGCUGGGCGGCUUUGGAGCCGGGCUAGCGGCUCUGCGGCCGAGGCUAGCAGGCCGAGCUAGCAGCCGAGCUGGGAUCCGAGCCCGAAGGGUCAGCACCAGCUGGUCCCCGGUGGGCGCCGCCUUCAAUGCCAAGCCUCAGGGCCGCCUCCUGGAUCUCUUCGGGGAGCGCCAGGGUCUCUUUGGUGUCCCUGAGCUCAGUGCCCCAGAAGGAUUUCAUGUCGCACAACAGGAAGCCUUGAGAAGGGCGGAGGUGCUGGUGGAGCGGGCAUGCGCUGCCCCCGCCGGGCCGGAGACCGUGUAUGUCUUCGAUGAGCUCUCGGACACACUGUGCAGAGUGGCCGACUUGGUGACGCAGUGCAGGCACCUCCGCGCUGCUGUCCUUCACGCCGUGAGCGGCCCUGUGGGAGAGCAGGCCAGCAGGAGGGCGCCCACUCUUCCUCCUGACUCCUCUUCGCAGUGCGUGGAGUUGAACACGAAUGUGGAGUUAUACCAAAGUUUGCAGAAAUUACUGGCUGAUGAAAAGCUGGUGAACUCCCUUGAUGAUGAAACCAGGCGAGUUGCUGAACUGUUCAUGUUUGAUUUUGAAAUCAGUGGAAUCCAUUUAGAUGAAGAAAAGCGGAAAAGAGCAGUGGACCUUAAUGUUAAAAUCUUGGAUUUGAGUAGCCAGUUUCUUAUGGGAACCAACUUUCCCAUCAAGAUUGAAAAGCGUCUCUUACCCGAACACAUUCACCGUCACUUUGUGCGCGAUGGAAAUCACAUAGUUGUCGAUGGGCUGCACGCGGAAGCUGCGGAUGACUUGGUUCGAGAAGCCGCUUAUAAAAUUUUUCUUUACCCCAAUGCUGGCCAAUUAAAAUGUUUAGAAGAACUGCUCAGUAACAGAGAUCUUCUGGCAAAGUUGGUGGGGUAUUCUACAUUUUCCCACAGGGCCCUCCAAGGAACAAUAGCUCAAAACCCAGAGACUGUCAUGCAGUUCCUUGAGAAACUAUCUGACAAACUUUCUGAGAGAACUGUAAAAGAUUUUGAGAUGAUGCAAGGGAUGAAGAUGAAGCUAAAUCCUCAAAAUUCUGAACUGAUGCCUUGGGAUCCCCCCUACUACAGUGGUGUGAUUCGUGCAGAGAGGUAUAACAUUGAGCCCAGCUUAUACUGCCCGUUUUUCUCCCUCGGAGCGUGCAUGGAAGGCCUGAACAUCCUGUUUAAUAAGCUGCUUGGUGUUUCCCUGUAUGCGGAGCAGCCUGCUAAAGGCGAGGUGUGGUGCGAAGACGUCCGAAAGCUGGCUGUUGUUCAUGAGACUGAAGGAUUGUUGGGGCACAUUUACUGUGAUUUUUUCCAGCGAGCAGAAAAACCACAUCAGGACUGCCAUUUUACAAUUCGAGGAGGCCGAUUAAAGGCAGAUGGAGAAUAUCAACUCCCAGUUGUAGUUCUUAUGCUGAAUAUUCCCCAUUCCUCAAGGAAUUCGCCCACUUUAUUAACUCCUGGGAUGAUGGAAAAUCUGUUCCAUGAAAUGGGCCAUGCCAUGCACUCGAUGCUGGGACGAACUCGGUACCAACAUGUCACCGGGACCAGAUGCCCCACGGAUUUUGCGGAGGUUCCGUCUAUUCUGAUGGAGUACUUCUCAAAUGAUUACCGAGUGGUCAGCCAGUUUGCCCGACAUUAUGAGACGGGACAGCCGCUGCCCAAAGCCAUGGUGUCUCGUCUCUGCGAAUCGAAGAAGGUGUGUGCUGCCGCGGACAUGCAGCUUCAGGUUUUUUACGCUACUCUGGAUCAAAUCUACCAUGGGAAGCACCCUCUGAAGAGGUCGACCACAGACAUUCUCAAAGAAACACAGGAGAAAGUUUACGGCCUCCCCUAUGUUCCCAAUACCGCCUGGCAGCUGCGAUUCAGCCACCUGGUGGGCUAUGGUGCCAAAUACUACUCCUACCUGAUGUCCAGGGCCGUAGCGUCUAUGGUUUGGAAGGAGUGUUUUCUGCAGGAUCCUUUUAACAGGGCUGCAGGAGAGCGCUAUCGCAGGGAGAUGCUGGCCCAUGGCGGGGGCAGGGAGCCCACGCUCCUAAUCCAAGGGAUGUUGCAGAAGUGUCCUUCUGUCGAUGAUUUCGUGGACGCCCUUGUUUCUGACUUGCAUCUGGACUUUGAAACUUUCUUCAUGGAUUCUCAGUAAUGGAAGCACCCGGCUCAUGCAGAUAGUUCCUCUGCUGAAAGUGUUAUCGUUGUGGAAACUUGUUUCUCACUUCAUGAUUGUCUUACGUACUAACUUGGCAAACCUCAAACUGAUGGAGGUUGGAAUAAAUAACUUGUUUGAACUAUA